AUGGUCGGAAUCGGUCCCAAGCGUCCCCCAUCCCGCAAGGGAUCGAUGGCCGACGUGCCACAGAACCUCCUGCAGCAAAUCAAGGAGUUCGAAGAUAUGUUCACCGUGGACCGGACCAAGCUCAAGCAGGUGGUUGACCACUUCGUCAAGGAGCUUGAACAGGGCCUCACUGUGGAGGGUGGUAACAUCCCGAUGAACGUCACGUGGGUUAUGGGAUUCCCCGAUGGAGAUGAACAAGGAACUUUCCUGGCCCUGGAUAUGGGAGGCACCAACCUGCGUGUCUGUGAGAUUACUCUGACCGAAGAGAAGGGUGCUUUCGAUAUCUGCCAAUCCAAGUACCGUAUGCCGGAGGAAUUGAAGACCGGCACUGCUGAGGAGCUGUGGGAGUACAUAGCCGACUGUCUUCAACAGUUCAUUGAUUUCCAUCAUGAAGACGAGGAGCUGUCACAGUUGCCCUUGGGAUUCACCUUCUCCUACCCUGCUACACAGGAUUACAUCGAUCAUGGUGUUCUCCAGCGCUGGACCAAGGGGUUUGACAUCGAUGGCGUUGAAGGUCAAGAUGUUGUUCCCCCGCUGGAGGCGAUCCUGCAAAAAAAGGGGCUGCCCAUCAAAGUCGCUGCCUUGAUCAACGAUACUACCGGAACCCUCAUUGCCUCGGCCUACACUGAUCCCGAGAUGAAGAUUGGUUGCAUCUUCGGCACAGGUGUGAAUGCGGCUUACAUGGAUAAUGUCGGCUCGGUGCCCAAGCUGGCCCACAUGAACCUUCCCCCGGAUAUGCCUGUGGCGAUCAACUGCGAGUACGGUGCUUUCGACAAUGAGCAUAUUGUUCUCCCCCUUACCAAGUAUGAUCACAUCAUCGAUCGUGAUUCGCCUCGUCCGGGCCAACAGGCCUUCGAGAAGAUGACGGCCGGUCUCUACUUGGGAGAGAUCUUCCGUCUGGCCCUCAUUGACCUCCUGGACAGCAGGCCAGGGCUCAUCUUCGAGGGUCAGGAUACCUCUAAGCUGCGGAAGCCGUAUCUGCUCGACGCCUCCUUCCUGGCUGCCAUCGAGGAGGAUCCUUAUGAGAACUUGGAGGAAACGCAGGAACUGUUCCAGCGUGAGUUGAACAUCAAGCCUACUCAGGCAGAGCUUGAGAUGAUCCGCCGUCUGGCCGAGUUGAUCGGUACUCGUGCUGCUCGUCUCUCAGCCUGUGGUGUCGCUGCUAUCUGCAAGAAGAAGAACAUUGAGCGCUGCCACGUCGGCGCCGACGGUUCGGUAUUCACGAAAUACCCCAAUUUCAAGGCCCGUGGUGCCCAGGCACUUCGCGAGAUCUUGGAUUGGGCCCCGAACGAGAAUGAUAAGGUCUCCAUUCUGGCGGCCGAAGAUGGUUCCGGUGUCGGUGCCGCCCUCAUUGCUGCCCUGACCCUGAAGCGUGUCAAGGCCGGUAACCUGGCUGGUAUCCGCAACAAGGAUGAGAUGCAGAAAAUGCUGUAG